AUGCCGAGUACCGGAGACAAUGACUGGUUUUUGGUGUAUGGAGUUGUGGCUUGUAGACAAAAUAGGCGUGAUAGUCCGGCGCCUGUAGGCAAUGGAAGGCUCCAAAGCAUGGAAGCAUGGGCCGUAACGAAAAAGAAAAUGGAAUGUUUGUUUAGUGGCGAUGCCCCGUGCGUUGCCACCGCACAACGGCGAACAAACCCGGAAGAAUCUCUGCUUCUCAUGCCAUCAAGGGUUACUUCCCUUUAA